AUGUCUUUCCUUCUCGUUGCUGUCUUCGGGCUUUUGACAUGUCCGCAGCUUUGCGUUCAUGCGUCUCCCGUCCCCGAUGGUUCUGUUGGUGAUACAGGCAUCACGGCUGAGCAGAUGAAGGAUGCGUUUCCGGCGCGAGAUCCUUUCAACUCCACGAACUGGUGGGGAACGAGCUUAUAUGGCUAUGACAAAUGCGGCGACAUUAGUAGUCACAUCAAGGGCUGGAUCAACGAAGCCUAUACCGAUGCCAACAAACUAGUCAACUUGGAGGGCGUCAAAGAGAACAUCGAUUGGAAUUCUGCCGCGAGCCUUGAAUAUCUUGGGCCACCCGCUCUGAACAAGGAUCAGCAGAAACAGAUCCAGGCCGUCUUCAAGAAUGUCGCCACGGUUUCCCCUGGCUAUGCACCAUUUCCAAACUGGAUUCGGGUCCGCUGCGAUGACCCUGCUCAAGUCUGCUCUUAUAAAUGUCCUACGACUCAAGAAGACGAGAGUGAGGGCCAAGUGAUAGCAUAUGCUCGCAAUCCAGACGUGGCUGCAGGCCGAAAGUGGCCAGACAUCAGCUUCUGUCCCGUCUGGUAUGGGAUGAGAAACCUAGACAACGCUAUCGCUUGGGGUUCCGGACGGAGCAACCCCAAGAAUAGCCAGGACAUCUCCAACUACGUAAGCCGAGCAAGCGCUUUCCUCCACGAGCUUUUCCACCUUGAUGUCGCCGCAAACUCGGUCAACAAUAACCCCAAUCCUCAGAUAAGGGACAUAAAAAUCCGCUAUACCAAGAAGGAUGGCAAGGACUCAACCUGGGUGGCGGCCUAUGGGCCCAAGCACGCCAAAAUCCUUGCCCGAUUCUUACCUAUUUCUCCCUCCUCGAAGCAGACCGGCUACUUCGUCCAGCGCAACGAUGACAACUUUGUAUACUUCGCCUUGGCCAACUACAUUAUGAGCAAGACCAAAUGGUACCCGUUCCUUCCGGUUGUUGCCGAGCACAGCGUGCAGAUUCCGAUUGUUCCCCGGCCGCGUUCAGCAGACCCCUUCGUCAUAUACCAGGACAAUGGCGACAAGCCGGCUACUUUGAUUGACUUUUCCCCCGAGACUGUGGGCAAUACCAGCCAAAUCUCCGGCUCGGGCGAUUGCCCCACGGCGAAUGUUCAGGCGACCGACCCAAACAGUUUCCAGAUGGGAAAGGCCAUCCCGUCAGAUUCAUAUCCCGAAGCUUACUGGAAGGAACGCGAGGGCUGGAUCAAGUCACUCGGAGACGGCGAUAACGCGGGCAAAUGUAAGAUGACGGUCAAAGAAAUAUGGACGUGCGAGAAUCCCGACUCGAAUCUAUAUGCAUCCAUGUCGAUCAGCAAUCCCAACGGGGUAAAUCUCUACACGACACCCGGUUCUGCCCACUCUCCUGGACAGCCCAUCAACGACAAGGCGCCGCUGAAGAUCACGGUGCCUGGAAUGCAGGAGACCCUUACGAUCGUUGGCGAGCACACAAAUGACUACAUCCAGUUUUACUAUGGCAGUAAGGCUUGGAGAUCGGGAGACACCACUGGAGAUGCCAAGUGUAAUUUGAAAGGCGACGAUUGGGGCAAGGGCCCGACGGGAUGUCCGAAUGCUAUGGCCGCGUCUCGCACUUUCGAGUGCCAAUUCCCGUGUUGA